AGAAGAAAGCAAUAGGAGGAGAGGGGGGACAAAUAAAAACAAGGGCACGACAUCACCAGCACCAGCAAUAAUAACUUAACCAUAACACAACAACGACGCCGAUUAUUAAACGUACUAGCGAAAGAAUAAAAGAGACGAUCGAGAGGAAGCUAUAGCAGCUAGCCGAUACCAAAGAAGGAGAAAGAGAGAGAGAGCAAGUAGAGAGAGAAAUAGAAAGAGAAAGUAGAGAGAGAAAGUAGAGAGAGAGAAACAGCGACCUUUUGCUCCAAGCUUUGGGUUUGGGCUGUGUCCAAUUCCAAUAUCAGCAGCAGGAGGGAUCAGCAGAGAGAAAAAAAAAUUGCGAUUUUUUUUUAUGCAACCAGAAGCAGCAGCCAGCAGUGGUAGUACUGGUAGUAUAUUAGCGUCCUUGCACUGCCCUUUGCGUCGCUCUUCUUCUUCCCUUUCAGAAGGCGAUUGUACAAGGCUGCGUCUGUGCCCGACCAGACAGGGGCAAGCUAAGCAAGCUAGGGAGGAGAAAAAAAUAUAGAGUUAGUCACAGCUCAGGGCAGGGAGAGACAGAGAGAGAAAGAGAUUUUUGAGAGAGAGACAGACAUGGAGAGGAGGUCUCGGAGGCAGCAAGCCUUUCACUCCCUCACCGAGAUAACGAUGUGUUCCUCCUCAUCUUAGGUUGCUGCGGAGGAGGAAGAGGGGUUUCUUGGCCGGAGGAGCACCGCCGACGAUGGUGACAGUGGCGCCGCCGGCAUGGGAAUAGCGGCGCCACCGUCUCAGCCAGGGCAGACCACCACGUUCGUGAGCCAACCCACCAAGAGCUGCGCGGCGAUCCGGCCGGCCACGGCGAGUUCUAUGUCCCACUCCCAGGGAUUCCACCAGGGCAGCAGCGGCGUCUUCGGCUUCUCCUCCGAUGCCUUCGACCGCCCCGGCUCCAGCCAGGACCAGCAGCACGAGCAGCAGCAGCACGUGGCGCAGCAGAGCCGCCGCGACAAGCUGAGGGUGCAGGGUUUCGACCCGGCGGCGGCGGCGGCGGCGGCCGCGGCCGCCGGGCAUGGUUUGCUCCCCAUCGAGGGCGACGAGCACGCCGAACCCGCUGCCAUGUACGACCAUGCUGAGGCGGCGGCCGGGGCAUCGAACAUGCUCUCGGAGAUGUUCAACUUCCAGUCGCAGCCGCCGACGGGACCCUCCGCCACCGAGCUUCUCGCCAGCCAGAUGAACGCCAACUACCGGUUCGGGUUCCGGCAGGGUCCGGGAGGGGUUGCCGGCUUGGCCGGCGGCGAAGGAGGUUGGUUCGGCACCGGAGCGGCUGGCCGGACUGGGUUGGUGCUCGGUGGGGCCAGCUUGGGUUCGUUAGGUGAGACGUCGUCGCCGAAGCAGCAAGGCGGCAUGGCUGGCCUCGCCACCGACCCGGCCGCCGCUAUGCACCUCUUCUUGAUGAACCCGCAGCAGCAGCCGUCCCGGUCAUCGACGUCGCCGCCGCCGUCGGACGCGCAGUCGGCUAUCCAGCACCACGAAGCGUUCCAGGCGUUCGGCGGCGCCGGUGCACCGUUCGCUGGCGGCGCGGCCGGAGUUGUGGAAGGCCAGGGGCUCUCCCUCUCGCUCUCUCCGUCGCUGCAGCAGCUGGAGAUGGCGAAGCAGGCGGAGGAGCAGCUACGAGUCCGAGACGGCGUGCUCUACUUCAACCGGCAACAGCAGCAGCAGCAGCAGCAGGCGGCGGCGUCGGUGCAGCAGCUCCCGAUGGCAUUGCACGGCCAGGUCGGCGCGAUGGGGCAGCAGCUUCACGUCGGCUACGGCCCGACGGGCGUACCCGGCGUCCUCCGUAACUCCAAGUACACCCGCGCGGCGCAGGAGCUCCUCGAGGAGUUCUGCAGCGUCUGCCGCGGCCAGAUCAAGGGCGGCCGCGGCGCCGCCUCUGCUCCGAACCCUAAGGCCAGCAAGGGCGGCGGAGCCUCCAGCUCCGGCGCCGCCCAGUCACCCACGUCGGCGUCCAAAGAACCGCCCCAGCUCUCCCCCGCCGACCGGUUCGAGCACCAGCGCAAGAAGGCCAAGCUCAUCUCCAUGCUCGACGAGGUGGACCGGAGGUACAACCACUACUGCGACCAGAUGCAGAUGGUGGUGAACUUCUUCGACUCGGUGAUGGGGUUCGGGGCGGCGACGCCGUACACGGCGCUGGCGCAGAAGGCCAUGUCGCGGCACUUCCGGUGCCUCAAGGACGCGAUCGCGGCGCAGCUCCGGCACACCUGCGAGCUCCUCGGCGAGAAGGACGCCGGCACCAGCUCGGGUCUCACCAAGGGGGAGACGCCGCGGCUGCGCGCCAUCGACCAGAGCCUCCGCCAGCAGCGCGCCUUCCACCACAUGGGCAUCAUGGAGCAGGAGGCCUGGCGCCCCCAGCGCGGCCUUCCCGAGCGCUCCGUCAACAUCCUCCGCUCCUGGCUCUUCGAACACUUCCUCCACCCGUACCCGAGCGAUGCCGAUAAGCACCUGUUGGCGAGGCAGACCGGGCUGUCCAGGAACCAGGUCUCCAAUUGGUUCAUCAACGCCCGUGUCCGGCUAUGGAAGCCCAUGAUCGAGGAGAUGUACCAGCAAGAAUGCAAGGAGCUCGAGGGCUCCUCCGGCGCCGGCGCCGGCGGCCCCGAGUCCGGCAACGACCCCUCCGGCGCGGACGACACGCACUCCCCGACGACCACUGGCGCGCAGUUCUCGCAGCAGCAGCAGCACAGGCACCAGCUAGAACACGGCGCGUCCAGCGGCGCCAUGCCGCACAAGCACGAGCCUGGCGUCGCGGGGACGUCCUCGUCUGCGGCCGCCGCCGCCGCGGCCGCGGCGGCGGCGGACGCCGCCUUCGUCGGCAUCGACCCGGUGGAGCUCCUCGGCGGCGCCGACGCGCACGUCGGCGCCGCGGACGACCUGUACGGGCGGUUCGAGCCCGGCGUCAGGGUGCGGUACGGGCCCGCCGGGACCACCGCCGGCGCGGCGGCCGGCGACGUGUCUCUCACGCUGGGCCUGCAGCACGCCGGCGCGGGCAACGCGGGGCCCGACGGCGGCGGCCGGUACUCCUUGCGAGACUACAGUGGUUGCUGAUCGAUUCCUCAUACACCCUACCCAUGAUUUGGCUCAUCCAUCCAUCCAUACGCAUUGCAUGCACUUGGAGAGUAGAGAGAGAAAGGCAGCGAGAUCUAGAGAGAGAAAUUUGCAAUGGUGGUGCAGUGGCUGGCUGGAGGUGAUGGAUCAUUAUGCAUGCUGCAUGGGAUGGAUGGAUGGGAUAUAUUAAUAUAAGAGAACUCUCCUUCUUCUUCUUUUUCCAGCAAGAUGAUUCUUAAUUUAGCUA